AUGAGGACCGUACAGCUGCUGCUUGUCAUCGGUCUGUGUGUGACGAGCGUCGCCUCGUCCCUGAAAAUCUGCGCUUUUAACGUCCAGAGUUUCGGUGAAUCGAAGGCAAACAACAGAAAGGUCAUGGGGAUUUUACUGAAGAUUUUGUCCCGAUGUGACCUGUGCCUGAUUCAGGAGGUCCGGGACUCAAAAGGAGAAGUGAUCCAAGCUUUGGUCAAAGAUCUGAACAGGCUGGACAGGUCCAACUCCUACUCCUAUGUGGAAAGUGAAAGGCUGGGCAGGACAACCUACAAGGAGCAGUACGUCUACAUUUACAGGAACAACAAGCUGAAGGUCAAAGAUCAGUAUCAGUACCCAAAAGUCGGGGGGGAGGGGACCAACGAGACGGACGUCUUCUCCAGAGGGCCCUUCAUCGUCCGCUUCCACUCCUCCACCACACUGGUGAAGGACCUGAUCCUGAUCGGACAGCACACCAGCCCCAAACGGGCCAUGAAGGAGAUGGACGAACUCUACACCGUCUUCAAAUGGAUUUAUAAGAACUGGAAGACUGAGAACGUGAUGAUCUUAGGCGACCUGAACGCCGGCUGCAGCUACGUCACCACGAAGGGCUGGAGGGCCGUGCGCUUGAGGAGCGACCCCAGAUUCCGCUGGCUCAUCGGGGACGAGCAGGACACCACGGUCCGAGAGAGCACGCACUGCGCCUACGACAGGAUCAUCGUGCACGGCCGGGAGAUCAUGGCAGGCAUCGAGCCGGGUUCAGCACAACCGUUCAACUUCAAAAAGGAUCUCCGCCUGACUGAGGCUGAGGCUCUGGAAGUGAGCGACCACUUCCCGGUGGAAGUCGACAUGAGGCCCAACCAUCGCUACCUCCUGCGCCACGAGCUGUAGACCACCGCCGACACCAC